CACCGAUAAACACCUUCAACAUGCCGGUCCAAGGGAUCAAGGCAGUGACUACUGCCCGGAAUGGCGUCGGCGCCUUCAUCCUCCAAUGCAAGCGACUGGACUUUCACUACUGCGACUGGGCCGGGAGUUCUCGGGGCAUGGUCGCCUUCCUGAAGCAUAAACUCCCCGCCAUCGCCAAGGAGAACCCCCAGAUCGAGAUCCGCGUCUCCCCCCGUCCGCACCGUCACCCCGUCAUCAAGGGCCAGUACAUCAACGGCCGCGAAAAGGCCAUCUGCGUGCGCAACCUCGAGCCCGAGCAGAUCGUCAACAAGGUCUCCCUACUCAAAGAGGCCAGCGGCGAGAAGCUCAAGCGCAUCAAGAAGCCCGUCUCCAGUAUCAACGAGAGCGUCCGGGGGAUCUGGUCUCCCUUCCACGGCGAGUACAAGGGCAUCUAAACGCGAGCGGGUCUGGUGGGGGGAUUGCCCGAGGGUGUUAUUGGAGCGUUUAUAUUAUGUGUUUUUUUUUUCGUUUUUUCAAUUCAUGGUUGUCAUGUAUAUUGGGUUUGCUGGUUUGAGGGUGGCGGCCAGAAGGCUGCUUCCGAUGUACUAUACAGAAAUAUGGUCUCGCAAUCUAUACCAUGAUCAGUUACUA